AUGCAGCCAAGUUCUUUGCCAAUCAAAGAAUUUAAAUCGCCAAGACCAGGACUUUCUUCGAUGUUUAUGUCUCCUUCUCAAAUAGAUUCGCCAUCUCCAUCUGGAACUCCAAGUUUCUCCUCCGAACGAAGCCCGAGAGUCGAUGAAACACCGAAGAAAGUUUAUCCAUUACCAAAAUCACCAAGAUAA